AUCAAACAACCAUCAACAACCACAGUCACAUUGAUCAUUUAUACAUUUUUCAGUUACCCUCAAAUCAAACACCAUGGGCAGCAAGCAGAUCAACAUCUCCUUUACGGACGAACAGGUCGCAAAGUACAACGGCGAGGGCUACGUUCUUUGUUUUACUGCUGGUGUUGCAGGGAAUACCGAAUUCAACGUUGUCGCCACAGCUGACACCAUUUCCCCCGUCUUCAACAUUACUUGGGACGACCAGUUCCAGAUCGCCGCUACCAAGGACGAAUUCAGCAAUGGAGUCACGUUCCAAAAUUCCACCACACCCACGCCCAUCCAGUUUAACGAAGUCUACACUCUUCCUGCCAACUGGACUGAUGGUGUCGUUUCGACUGAUGUCCUUCCCACAGCCAAUUCUUUUGCGUUCGUGAACCAGACCACUGGCGCGUCUGCAGUCGUCUACAAAAUUAUCAACGGCAAAAGUCUGCCUUUCUUUAUCAGCCCCUACCCUAUUGACACGGGCGCUACUGAGGUGAUGACGCCAAAGUCUACCGUUGCACUCUGGUUCCAGCAAAACGUCGAGACUGGAACCAUGGUAGCUGUCGUCAAAGAUCAACUUUCGACCUUUGACUUUUCUGACAAGAGCAGUCUUGACUUGAUCUGGAAUGGCUCUCAGUUUGUCCCAAGCUCUUAGGACGUUCUACAAUGAACUACAGUCGACCUAAAUGAACGUUUUAGCUAGGCUCGAUACUACUGAGAAAAGGGCAGUUUAGUUUCAAUAUAACCUUUUC